AGACAGCACAUCAACAACACAAAGUAGCACACUUUAUUUUUCUCUUUUUAUGUUCACACUCACUGGUUCUGGUUUCUGAUUCCCCUCAUAUAAAAACGCAACCUUUUUCUUCUUUCUGCUCUCUCCGUGCGUCUUUUUUUCUCUUGAACAAAAAAAUCACCUUUCCCUUAUUAGGGUUUUGAAAUGUGGAGGGAGAAUGGGAGGCUCUGAAUCCGUUUCUGUGCCACUUUCCAUUUCCAAUGGCGAAGAGCCCCAAUUGGGUGCAUCUUCUUCCCCCGCCGCUCCUCCUGAGCCAUCAGAUCUCAAUCACGCGGCGGAGGAAGAGGCACUCUCCAGGGAGCUUCAGAGCAAGUUGGAUUUGAAGGAUGGGGAUGAGAGUGAAGAGAGAGUUUCGGACUUGAACGAUGGUAGAGGUGUUUGUGAUGAAGAAACUGGUAAGCCUGACGGAGAUAGUAGGGGUUGGGAGACCAAUAGUUGGAAUGAGGAAGUGGGUGUUGAUGCUGAAGUUCAUGUUUUUGGUGAUGGUGAUGUUCAUGAUGCUGGUGAUGGUGAUGUUCAUGAUGUUGGUGAUGGUGAUGUUGAUGUUGAUGUUGAUGAUGAAGUGGAGAAGAAGGAAGGGGGAAACAGUGGUUUAGCUCAGCACUACCCUUUGAGGCCUGAAGCUGAGGACUGUGCAUUUUAUAUUAAAACUGGGAAUUGCAAGUUUGGGUUUAAUUGCAAGUUCAACCACCCCAUUAGGAGGAAAAGUCAGGCUGUUAAAGAGAAGGCAGGAGAAAGAGAAGAAACCACAGAAAGAUCGGGCAUGACAGAAUGCAAGUAUUAUCAAAGGUCUGGGGGUUGUAAGUUUGGUAAAUCUUGUAAAUAUAACCACACAAGAGGAAAAAUUUCAACAGCACCAGCACCACUUUUGGAACUUAACUUUCUUGGCCUGCCUAUUCGUCUGGGAGAGAGAGAGUGCCCCUACUACAUGCGCACUGGCUCUUGUAAGUUUGGAGCAAACUGCAAGUUCAACCAUCCUGACCCUACAGCUGUUGGAGGAGUAGGAGGUGAUCCUGCUUCAGGGUAUGGUAAUGGAGGGUCUAUUUCAUUACAAGGUGUAUCACAAACAUCUGUACCCUCCUGGUCUUCUCCAAGAACAUUAAAUGAAUCAUCUCCUUUUGUGCCAAUGAUGCUUUCACCUACUCAAGGAGUUUCUACCCAAAGUUCUGAUUGGAAUGGAUAUCAGGCAUCUGUCUACUUACCUGAGAGGAACAUGCAUCCACCUUCUACAUUUGUCAUGAACAACCCAGCAAUUGAUACAAAUGUUUACAUGCACCAUCAAAAGCAGAUGCCUGUUGAUGAGUUUCCAGAAAGGCCUGGUGAACCUGAAUGCAGCUACUUCUUAAAAACUGGGGAUUGUAAGUUCAAGUCUAAUUGUAAAUUCAACCAUCCAAAGAAUCGGGUUGCAAGAUUACCUCCAUGCAACCUCAGUGACAAGGGUCUGCCUUUGAGACCUGACCAAAGUGUCUGCUCCCAUUACAGUCGCUAUGGAAUUUGCAAAUUUGGACCAGCUUGUAAGUUUGACCACCCGAUAAACUUGCAGCCCGUGAUGAUUCCUGGACUUGGUCAGCAAUCCUACUCAAACUCAGCUAGUGUUGAAGUGGCUGGGAUAUUUGGAAGUACAGGUGUUGUAACUGAUGCGACAAUUCAGCAAUCUGUGUAAACAUGUUUGUCUGAGGAUCUUUUUGCUUUGAGGAUCAUAACACCCGAAAUUUGUAGUUUUCUUCUUAAACAUGAUAAAUUUAUUUUACUUUUCCUAGCACUGUCCAAUGCAGCACAAGCUUUGCAAGGAAUAUCAACACACACACACAUCAAACAGUUUUUAUGCAUUUAUUACAAGUAACAACAUCUGCAUAUGUAGAUUAUCUUUUGUUUAUGAUCAGUUGGAUCAUAAUUGUUUUGAAAUGGUUGUCAAUGUGGGUUUUUUUUUUUUUUUUUUCCAGCUGCCAACGGGGUUAUGAACCUUGGCAAAAUUGGCAACUAGUCAAUACAUCUGAUGGAUAGAAUAAAUUGAUAAACCAAUC